UGACUUUUUUUUUAUUUUACACAAAUAAUAAAUAUAUAAUAAAUAAGAAAUAUAAGAAAUUUCAAUUAUUGGAGACAGUCAAAUGAACUUCAGUUGUUUUGUUUUCCCUCAAAAAUGUGGGAAAACAUUUAAUUUCUCCCUUAUGGCUUUUAAUAAAUGGCUAAUUAUGCUUUAUGGAAUAAUACAGGUGUGUAUAUGAACAAGACAAAAUUUAAUAAUUUUGUAAAAAAUAAUUCAAUAAAAGUUUAAUAAAGUAAACAAGCUUGUAUUAUUGCUCUACACACAGUGUUAAAUUUAUAGCAGAAACUUGGUAAAAAUUAUUUUAAUAUUUUUAAAAAAUGCACAACGAGAUGUUUGAAGAAAGCGUACAUCAGGCCCUCUGAGCACAUUUAUGAGUGAUGCAUAAACCUUAAUAAAAGCAAAGCACGAACCCGCAGCUACUUUUGCAUCUAUAACACUGUUGUCAAGCACUGUGUAUACUGUACACUUAUCUUAACCGAUAAGUUGCAAAAUAUCAGUUACAAAAUUAUGCUAACAGCACUCAUAUGUCGAUCCAUAAUGUUAAUCAAAAAACUAUCUGCUCUCCUUUUUAUGAAGUGUCAAUGAGAAUGUCUCCUAAAAAGUAUCCUCACAUUUUAAUUUAAGCAUAACUAAGGACUUUGUUAUAAAAACUCCUUUAAUAAAUAGACCUCUAUUAAAAAGCAGUGCCUAAAAUUAACUGUACAUGCUUCCUCUGUUUUGUCAAGUCUAAAUGUUAGUUCCUCUCAAUAAUUAGCUGCUUGCCAACAAUCUACUGUAUAUGACGUUUAAAUAUGAAACAGCAACAGAUGAAGUGACUAUUUAUUAAAUAAGCUUCAUGAGUCAUAUUCAGAGAUAGUGACUUAGGAUCAAAAGGUCUAUUGAUAUAUUCAAAUGUCCAUCAAUUUCUUCGUAUCCGGAGUCAGGCUGUUCAUCUGCUUUAUCUCUUGAGCUUAUGGAAAUUGCUUGCAUGUGGUUUACACUAUUGAGGUUGCCAGAUUUGUGUUUUGUUAUUAGAAGCAGAACAAAGAAAGAAGAGAACUGGGGGCUCAGUGGUAGGCCUGUGGUAUGCCAGGGUUCAAAAACUGAAAGGUUAUGUAAGGAAGGGCAUCUGGCAUUAAACCUAAAACAUAAGUUUUUGGAUUAGAUGAUCUGAAGUGGUAUUGAUCUCGGGGAAAUGUGGUAUAUUUUGCCAAUAUCUGGCUGCACAUUUUUUUUUGUUGUUGUUGUUGUAAUGAUCUAUUAUUUACAGAAAAUUUGGUUUAACAAUAUAGAUCCAGCCUUAUUACUAAUCAGUUUAUAUUUGUUAUUUUACACAGACAAUAACACACCUUCAAAUGUCCGAAAAUGUCAUGAAAAUGUAAUGUGUGCGCAGGACAUAAUUGAUUUUAUAUUUUAAUUCCUUAGAUGUAAAAUUAAUAACACUAUAAUGCCAUUGUUUGUGCUCCUUCUAUGUGUUCCCCAUGCUCUGCUUUGAAGAAUAAGUACAAAAAUAAUUCCCAAGAUAACAAAGUUUCUGAUGAAAUGCUGUCUUGUCCAAAUUGCUCUGUGUGCAAUGAAAAUAAACUUAAUUACUUAAUUGUGUCAUAUGCUAAUUUCCCCAAAGGGCAUUUAAAGAUUUUUAAAGAUAUUUACAAGAUAGAAUAUCAAUUUCAGCAUGAUACGCAAAAGGGAGGGUGUGUCCAACUCUCACAUAACAUUGGUUGUGAACAGAGCUUAAUUCUGUACUUGUGUCUGAAUUGUAAAUAUCAAUGUGCACAAUUCUUGUGUUAUAUCACCACUGCAUACUAGCUCACCUUCUGAUGUGCGAUAACUUUCUCUUUACUGUUUUCAGCACAACAGAAUAUGAUUACUCUAUUUUUAACUCUACUGGACUAUGUGAUUACGGAACCCAUGCAAGCCGGUUCCUCCCAGUGCUCUACUCCCUGUUCUUCGUGGUGGGCUUACCUGGCAACAUGCUGGUGCUGUGGGUGAUCCUGGGAGGUGCUCAGAUAAAAAGCAUGACUGAUGUGUCUCUCCUGAACCUGGCCAUCGCUGACCUUCUCCUAAUCUUCACUCUCCCGUUCCUGGCUCACUAUGCCAGAGAUACCUGGGUAUUUGGUAACGCCAUGUGCACUCUGGUCCUCGGUGUGUACUACAUUGGAUUUUAUGCUGGUAUUUUCUUUAUUGUGUUAAUGAGCAUCGACAGAUACUUGGCUAUCGUCCAUGCUGUGUUUGCCUUGAGAAUCCGAACAAAGGCUUUUGGGAUUUUAGCAAGCAUGGUAGUCUGGAUGAUAGCUGUUGCAGGAUCAUUUCCUGAGCUACUGGAUCUUGGCAUUAUAGAAACUGAGACUGGAGUAGUUUGCAGUGCUUAUCCAAAAUCUAUAGAAAGCCACAAUGAUGUGAAAAGUUCAGCUUUUAUUAAAAUGAAUGUUUUGGGCAUGCUGAUCCCACUGGGUAUUGUGGGAUUUUGUUAUUCAAUGGUGCUUCAGAAGCUCAAGACCCUUCAAUCCUCCAAAAAACUGGCUGUUCGUCUCGUUGUUGUGGUCAUGGUGGUCUUCUUCUGCUGCUGGAUACCGUACAAUAUCGCAGCACUCCUCAAAGCACUGGAACUGAAAAAGAUCAUUCCCCAUUCAUGUGACAACAGCAAAAGGAUCCAGCUGAUGCUGCAAGCCACUGAAGCCGUGGCGUACUCACACAGCUGCCUUAAUCCAUUCCUCUAUGUGUUUGUGGGAGAAAAGUUCAGAAAGCAAUUCGCCAGACUGCUCCUCCAGACACCAAUGGCCAAAGUUCAGUGUAUGAAACGCUACAUGACCCAAGUCUCAGGCUCAGUGUAUUCUCGGGCCACGAGUGUGGAAGAACGUUCAGUUGGUGUCUGAAUGAAGAAAGAACAUAAAAUCUUUUUCUUUUAGAACUCAGCAUGUGUAUGAAUGAAUUUCAUUUUAUAUUGUUUUUUGCACAUUUAUAUGCUUGCAUUUAGGUAACGAUUAUUAUAAUAUUCUCUUUUAUUAAUGCAUUCCUCUCAGAGUGAGAUUUAUUUUUUGUACUUUUAAUAUGUAUCUCUCAUCAGAAAAUGUGUAUAUAGUGUACCUUUAUAAAAGAUUUAUAGUUAAAUAAUUGGACUGUAAUUAAGAAUGGAUUAGACUUGCAUUGAAGUACACAUACUUAUAUGCAAGAUAGUAGUUGCAUGAUUGCUGACCAGAGCACGAGUUCUGCUAGGUGUCCGUGAAUUACAAAACCAGUCAAUAAUGGAAGUAGUGUAGCACCAUGUGACUGACUAAAAGAAAUUAUAAGUGAAUCUAAAAUUAUAUAUAAAUGUACUUUUGAACAUUAAUUAAAUACUAACACUAACCAUUUUACUUUUUACCAUGAAUUCAAAAAGUUUUUAUGUACAUAAAAGCAAUGUCUGUUUUCAUUGUACAAGUCUACAAGAUUAGUUACAACUGUUUUAUGUAAAGUCAUAAAGUCAUCUAAAAUCUCAAUUCAAUUCAAGUGUAUUCAUGUAGUGCUUUUAACAAUGGUCAUUGUCGCAAAGCAGCUUUACAAAAUAAAAAAAAAGAUUAUAUGAAAUGUGUGGGAAAAUGUGUGAAUUAAAAUGAUCGGAUAAACCAAAAUGAUUAAAUCUGACCUGAUGUGCCAUUUGUCAGAUGUUUGUCCCUAAUCCCCUGGAUUGCAUAAGAGUACAUAUGAUAUGCUUUAAAGGUACACUACAAUCACCUUUCUAUGUAAAAGAUACAUACUGAACAUACCAGUUCAGUUCAUGUUCAGUUUAGAGCCUUUUUUAUCCGAGAGUGUAUGUUAACUGACCUCAUCCUAUACAAGUCAGAAUGAUCAGUUAUACAAAAUAGCUCAUAUGGGUUUCCCUGAAUGAUACUUAAACUUAAUGCUUUUUAAGUGUUUGCUGUGCAAUAUAAAAAAGAUGCAAAAAAAAGCAAAAGCUGUACAGAAAUAGAAUUAAUGAUGUGAUUGUUUGUGUGAUGUUUCUCCCCUUUUCAACAUUAUUUUUUUUUAUCUUAUCAGUGUGAUUUUUGAAUAUUUUGCAAAAUAUUUAAAUCCCACAGUUUUAUUAAUAAGAAGGUAAAUCAGCCUUGCUUAUGUUCUUAUGGCAAUGCAAAUAUGCCAUUUAGUAUCAAUAAUCUUUUGGUUGAGCUUUAUUAAAGGUAAAUAGCAA